AUGCCUCCCACCAAUGCUACCGCCUCUCCUGGACCGAGCAAAACCAUUGCGGCGAGCUUGUCCCACUUCGUGAUUUUCAAUCCUACCAUACGACCUGAUAUACCGAGAUCAGAUAACAAAGACGACGAUGAUGAUUUAAGGGAAGCUGCCCAAAUCCUAUUUUAUACCUCUCGAGAGGCCGGAGGUGUCAGUAGAGAUAAGAUGUUGAGGCAGGUAGGGCUGGCAAAAGGGCUAAGGGGAUUUGGAAAUAUGAUCAUCGAAUCAUCCUCCAAAUACACCUCGAUUCAUGGGAAUAGGAGUCGUCUGAUUGUAUUUAGUCCUGAACCAGAUUUCUACGUAUAUAUGUGUAUCACACUCUCACAUCUGGACAAUGAGAAGAAGGACCCCGUGAAUGGUUCUCAAGGCAUAUCCGAUGAAAUGCUUGUUGAUGGUUUAGCCAAGGGCUAUGAGGACUUCAGGCUAUUAUACGGACCAUUCUCCUCUCACACCAUCCCUUCAGCUCCUCUCUCGACCAUCCUCGACAAGUUUUUCACUCGCUUUGCAUUUCAAUUCGAAUCCGCCUAUCUCUCCUCACCAUCGCUGUCAACCUGGGUGGAAGUUUAUCCUCCAAUGUCUAUUGCAGCCGACCUGAUCGAGGAAUAUCGGUCCAGCGUCGAAGGCUCGCUCAUUGUGGUCGGACCCAAAGGACCUCUGUACAAGGACGAAGUGGUGGAUGAUCCAGCUCUGAUAAGAUAUCUACAUAACCUCGUCCAGUCGACCCUUCCUCCACCUGUCAUAUCGCAGCCUAUACCUACUAGCGGUGAUAGACACACAAUGAGCUUCGGCUUGAAUCUUGGCCUUGGCUUAGGUAGAAAAACACAGAACAGCCGUAAAUCGAGUUGGACAACUUUGGGAGGAUGGGUACCGGAUAUAAGACGUAGCUCUACUCCUUCAUCCACUCCAUCAUUCCCCAAACCUGACAGCGCAAUCAAAUCCGAGGAUGGGGUUGAUGAAGCUCGGAAAGGCAAAUGGGGGUUUGGAUUGGGUGGGAUAGGAGAUGCGAUGGGUAAUGUGGGAAAUGUGUUUGGCUUGGCAAGAUCGUCGACACCUACUUCUGUACAGGUCGGGAGUCAAGAUAAACAGGGACCAACAACAACGUCUACCUCUCACGAUAGACAGGAACCUCUCACAUAUGAUAACAAUCGGACUCACCAUGUCGAGCCCGCUUCCGUAGUUGUAGAAGAGCUCGAAGCGGCUGUGGAGCCGGACGAAGAGAUAGAAUGGGAAGGCAAGAAUGUGUGGAUCAGGUCGGUGCAGGAUGGUGUAUACGAGAAGAGGCGGGCGUGUUGGGUAAUUCGCAACGAUAUCCUGGUCUCCGUCAUACUUCUCAAAGAUGCUGUCCCGCCUCAUACUCUUCCAGAUACCAAAGCCACUACAGAUCUGUUCAAAAAGCUCAUUGGUCAAACCUCACCUGAACCUCACUCUGCUUCGAAUAACCCCUGUAUAGCGUUGUUAGGGCAAGACAGGAUCGUGACAAGAGGCGAAUUAGAUGGCAUUUCUGAUCAGUCGUUAAUUCAUCUGAGAUCAGCCAUACAAGACUCGGAUAUACAGGAGGUACUCGCGAAAUCCACUUCAAACAGGUUUUUGGUGGCUAAAAAGAGCGACAAGCUGGAAUUGUACAUGAAGGUGGGAGGGGACGAUGCUAGUUUGACUGAUGCUGAUCAUGCCAUGAGGACUUUUACGAGACUCAAUGGUGGAAUCAGUGUAUGA